AUGAGCCUUCUGGACGAUCGGCGAGGUGGGCUCGAGUCGCUGCAAAGUUCGUACAAAUGCUACGACGGCAUCCCCACGCCCAGCCCAAUCGGCGGUCGAACGGGUCCGCACGAUGGGGGGGUCGCCAGUGAAAUGGCGCAAAGUUCCCGAUCACGUGGUGGAUCGGCAUCGGGAUCGGCCGACAGGCGCCAGAUGGGACGGCCCUCGGCCACCUCCAGCCUCAACCGAUCGCCCUCGAUCGACAGCCUGAUCGAGGCGUCGGACCAGGCCGGCUCCGACCUGGACGACCGGGGCGACGACGACGACCUGGAGCGGCUGUCCGACUCGGACUCGAUCGCCGAGAUCGGGCGCAUCACGGGGCAGAUACGCGUCGACGUGCACCGGCGCAGCGAUCUGGACGAUGUGAAAACUGCGAGUACACCAACUGCGGCUACCGGAGGCGGCACGACGGCGAGGAAGGCAGCUGCCGCUCCGCCGAGCCCGACAUCAUGGUGGCGGAUGAGGCGAGCGGACCGGGGGCGACGGGGCACGGCAGUCGCAAAACGUCACCCACCACACCGGGCGGCCAUGCUGCUGGGGCAUCAUCAGUACAGUGCCGUCUCGCCGCUCUCAUCCUGCCCGUCGUCGCCGGGCGGUGGCAGUGCGCCCGCCACAACGUCCCACCACCCGCCGGGGGACACGAUUUCCAACAGUGCCAACAAUGUCAACGGAAGUAGCAGCAGCAGCAGUGGAAGCAGCAGUGGAAGCAGCAGUGGCAGCAACACCCUCACCAGCACGGUUCCCUCUCCGGCUCGCUGA